UGCACUGAUGAGCAGACUAACACCAGAAAGGAGGUGAAGACAAGUAGGAGGUCCUCGGUGUGCCCUGAGAAGCCAGCCUUCCCUUCUCCUGGAACCACAGUUGAGAUGGAGCUAUCCACCCGUGAGCUGUUUCUCAACUUUACCAUUGUGCUGAUUACAGUUAUCCUCAUGUGGCUCCUGGUGAGGUCCUAUCAAUACUGAGAGGCCG